AUGUCUCAAUAUCCACCAGUUCGUCCCUGGGCAAUACUCAGCACCAUUAAUCGGGAAGGCGAGCGAUCGAUCCUCUACGAAGAGGAACGCCAGCAAUGGCUUCGACAGCAUCCACAUGUUAUUCCUCAGACCGCAAAGAGGAGUCGCAACAGGAGUCAACGUGCCUUCGCAGAUCGAGGCCCCAGCAUGGCUGAAGGCCUUCGUGAUAUUGCGGAACGCGGUGCAGCUCGUCGCAAUGGAACUCCUGUGACCAAGAAUGAUGUAUCUACCAAGCCUUUGCCACCAAUUCCUCAACAGGAAGAACCUCAGCCGGCCACCACAGUUGGUCAGGAGGGUGUUCUCCAAUGUUCUGGCCCCAUCAUCAACAAGAUGAGCAUUUACUAUGUGCUUGACAGAUCCAACAUGCAAGGCCACCACGAACCCUCAUUUGCCCAGCAAGAAGAUUCUCAGUCUGCUACCGAAGUUGGCCAGAAGGCAGCUGUUGAUGGGUCUGUCCACUCGAGUGAAAAGAUGAAUUUGAAUUUGCUUCUCGAGGAAUGCAAGGUUCAAGGAUACGACGAUGAGACUCCAUCAAUUCAGCCCAAAGUAUCUGAGCCGGCCCUGCCGCCCUUUUUGCAUCAUCACUACAACGCGCAGGCCUCCCACACCAGUCAUUCUUCUGAUUUCCAUCGCUUGGAUCAUGCCGCUCCAUGUGCCGCUCCUGCAUUUGAUGCCCCUUAUGCUCAAGCCAAUUCACGACCCCAUCACGAUGGUUAUAGUCUAACCUCGUGGUACGAAGCCCCACCCACUCGCCACGAAUCAUCUCCAGAUGCUCAGAUUGCAGUGGUGCCCAGCAAUACUCCAGUCCCCGACAUCAAGCAGGAAAAUCAAGUCACCGAAGUGGGCGCAACCUUGGAGGAACUGAUUGCUUUGAUCAACCAGGCAAAGGAAAACUAUCGCCUUGCAAGUGAAAAUCGCAACCCAGGAAGUUCAGAUUCUGCUUACCGUUUCGCUCCCCCCAAUUCGGCGUCUGUGGAUAUCUACCAUGCGGACCAACCCUCUGGUCCUGGCUUCCAGGCCCGUGACUCCUUCAUUCAAGAUUCUAAGACUCCUUUAUUUGCGGGCCCCGGCACCAUUCGCGAAGUGACACCAAGAACGCCUGUUUGGUCCCCAACUCUUGGUCCUUGCCCCAACCCAAGAAUUUCAUACUCUGCUUACAGUCUCGCUCACCCUAAUUCAAGCCCUUUAUUUGUGAAUUCUGGGGCCACCCGCGAAGCUACACCUACAACGCCUGGGCCGUCUCCGUUUUAUGCCCCAUACCCUUGUGCCAAAGGAUGUUGCUACUGGACUGACUCUGAAUCCGAAUCUGCAUCUGACUCUGAAUCUGAAUCUGAAUUUGAACCUGAAACUACACUGUCUGUUGAGCCCCAGUUCCAUCAGGAAUGUUCUGCUUCCAAUGUACCACUACAAGAGCCACCUGUGUUGCAUUUGUCUGCCCCACAGGCCGCUUCCCUCCAAGGAGAUAUCACUUGGCGUCAGGACACAUUCGACGGGAUUGACACUGGCAUUGUUGUACCCCUUGAACAAAUGUAUGCUCGGGACUACACUACGCCCGAUUCGCCUCUACUGGAUUCACCCAUAUCUCCAGCUCCAGCUCCCCCAUCUCCUGAGCGUCGUCCAAAUGGUCUCCCCAGACUUUCCUAUACCGGUACCCCUCGGGUUGGAAUUUAUCCAUCUAAUAUCCCCCUCGAUCCCCGGCUUACGCGGGUUCAUUUCCGCCCAGACUAUGUUUCAUCUCCUGUCAGCUAUCCAAGAUGGUUGAGCGAGGAGAGAACCAACAUGGAUAAUGACGAGCAUUCUCUUGUCCCACAGAAAUUGGAUGUGACUAAGAAUCCCACAUUCACCAUGGAUGUCCCCAUCCACGACGUUUCCCGGCAUCAGACAGCCAUUCAUGUUUCCGAGUCUACCAAUGGUGAACAUAGCCGCGCAGCUUCCUUCAUCAAUAGCGAGUCCAACGUCAACAACACCUCCGGCAAUGCAACUCUGAGUCGUAUUACGGAAAGUCCUGAUGCCUACAGUUCUGAGGGUUCCGAGGGUUCUCGUGGCAAGCGCAAGCGAUUUACCAAGAACCUCUUUGGUAAGAACGGAUACCUUGAAGACAACGAGGAGCCACGCAGCAAGAGAUUCCGCUUUCUGAAAGGGGCCGUCAAAAAGGGACAUUCAACCAUCAAGGGAAUGCUUUGGGAUGGGAAUCGAGCUUUGAUCAACUCAUCCAAGCCCAGCAUCGUCACCGAGAACACUGCAACCAUUACUCUAAACACUGAUGUGCAGUCAAUCCUGUACGCCGAGAUUGAGAACAUGAUCACCCAAGCAGCCAAUGAAUUCCUGAUGAAGGAGUAUUACGAAGGCCACCUUACCACUAGUUCUCUCAGCAAGUUGAAGAGACGAUGGGAGAGGAAAAACAUGCCUGGUGUCCCUCAAUUCCGUUUCGACCAAUUUACCCAGUACAAGCUGAUCAGCGCAAACCGCAAUCAUCUCAAGUUCGGUGACACCAACAACAACCUUGGUCCAACCACCGUUCUGAGCAACUGGAAGAAGAUCUGUAAGCACAUGAACAUCCGCACCUUUGUGGCCCCCGAUUCAGUUGUCAAGAAGGACAUCCACGAUAUCCUGGAUCUCUUGCGGCUUCUGAAGGCUGACAAAUGCCACAUUGAGCUCAUUAUGGCCCUCGAUGCGCAUGUUCGUGGAGAGCUGGAGAAGCGCGAGGUGAUGCAGCACUACCGAGACACUCAGAACUCUGGAAACUCUCGCUUUUAA